UUACCAUUGUUACCGCAGAUGCCUUAGAGUCCCAAAUUGCUAGAAGUUCUGAUUUUGACUUCAGUGCUACGAACUAUGUUUCAGGCGUAAACAAGGCUUCCUGUCUUACCUUCGUAAGCAUUGGUAUGGUGGUAGUGAAGGUCAUAGUAUAGCUGGAGACUGUGCUUGUCUCUUGGUUCUGCUGCCGCUCACAAUCGGAGGAUCUAUACUCUGCCUACAGAGUGCUGCUGAGAAACUUCAAUAUGUGAAUGAAAAGGGCGAUUUUGAGCGAGUACACGAAAUAGUAGCACUGGGAUUGAUGGCUUUGUUUCUCAUAAUUAUCUUUGGCUUUUGGGUGGUGUUCAUCGUAAUAUUCUACUCAAAGGAUUUUUAUAUGUGGCAGAAAAAGAAUGUGUUUAGCUUGGUAAUUGUUGUAGACUCCCGUAAAAAAAUAACGUAUCCCCAGAUUUUGUAUGUAAUUGAUCAGUUGGACAGAGAGGAAGAAACCAGUAGUCGGCUGCAUAAUCGUUUGAGCGAGACACUGCGUCCUCUGUUAAUCAAGAAAAAGCUCAAAAAUUUUCUCGUAAGUGUUGGUUAA